AUGUACACUGAUCAUCAGAGCACUGAUGAUCAGUGUGCCUUGAUGAUCAGUGUAGCCCUAUCAGUGCCACCUGUCAAUGUCCAUCAAUUCCACCUGUUAGUGCCACAUCAAUGUCACAUAUCAGUGCCCAUCUGAGCUGCCUUUCAGUGCCACUUAUCAGUUCCAUCAGUGCAGCCUAUCAGUGCCCGUCAGUGCCACCUAACAGUGCCAGUCAGUGCCACCUAUCAGUGCAAUAUAUGAGUGCUGCCUUUCAGUGCCCAUCAGUGAUGCCUGUCAAUACCCAUCAGUGCCACCUACCAGUGCCUCCUCAUCAGUGCCCAUCACUGCAGCCUCAUUAGCGCACAUCAAUGAAG